UGUCCAACCCCCGGGAGAGUAUCAUGCUGUUACCAUGGAGACCAAACACUUGCGGCUACGCUUGUCGAGUCUGGUUAUUUUAAGACUGCCGUUGCGUCGGGACACAUUGAACUUUGCUUUAAUUUGUUAACCUAGUUAGUUUCGAGAUUGUACCUCCAUCAUGGUUGGCGAUUACUACAAGACGCUGGAUAUAAACCGAAACGCCACAGACGCAGAUAUAAAAAAGGCAUAUCGACGUCUUGCAUUGAAGUUUCAUCCGAGCAGCAACAGAGAAACUGGAAGCACCGAGACAUUCUGUCAACUGGGUGAAGCCUACGACGUGUUGAGCGACCCUCGUAAAAAAGCAACCUAUGACAAGUUUGGUGAGGAUGGCCUGACAGGUGGUAUCCCACCUGAGUUCGGCAGCAGUGGAGCCUGGUCAUCUAAGUAUGUCUACCAUGGGAAGCCAGAGAAAACAUUCAGAGAUUUUUUUGGAGGCGACAACCCGUUUGCAGACUUCUUAACAAACGAUACACCGCUUCAGUUCGGCGGCCUGCAACCAGGAGCGGUGAAGACACAAGGUCCUCAAAUUGAGAGAGACCUUCAUUUGUCCCUGGAUGAUCUCUUCCACGGAUGCUCAAAACACAUUAAGAUAUCUCACAGGGUUAUGAAUGAGGAUGGACACACGUCUGGUAUCAAAGACAAGAUCCUGGCUAUAAAUGUGAAGCCUGGAUGGAAAGAAGGCACAAGAAUCAUUUUCCCUAAAGAGGGAGAUCAGGGACCAAACUGCAUCCCCGGAGAUAUUGUAUUCAUCGUGCGACAGACGAGUCAUUCCCUAUUUGUACGUCAACACAAUGACCUCAUCUACAAGGCCCAAAUCACUCUGCAGAUGGCCUUGAUUGGGUUCUCUGUGGAUGUGCAGACACUAGAUGGCAGGCUCAUCAGUAUUCCCGUCAAUGACAUCGUGCACCCUUCCUACCACAAAGUGGUGACUGGAGAGGGAAUGCCGCUGUCCCAGGAUCCUGAACGGAGGGGAAACCUCAUCAUUACUUUUGACAUCCAGUUUCCCAAGAAGCUCUCCGCCGACAGAAAGUAUCUGAUCAAACACGCUCUCACUUUUAAAUAG